GAAAUUGAAGUUACUGGGAUUCACCAUACAGAUUUCUGGAAAGGCUGGCCAUGGCAGAGAGCGCUACAGGAAAGAGUAACCCCAAUAAUUGGUGGAAAUCACUGACUGUUCGUAAAAAGCCCAAGGAGAUUUCUGUCUAUAGUACUUCUGAAAGUUCUGAGGACAAAUCAUGGGGCGUCAGUAGUGGCUCUAGAGAAAACCAACAUCCUAAUUCCAUUCCUAGUGGAACUACAGAAUCUAGUAGUGAUGCCAAGUCAGAUAAAUCAAUUGGCGCGCACACUGGCCGAAGGAACUUGAAGAUUUCUCGCUCUGGACGUUUUAAGGAGAAGCGGAAAGUUCGUGCCACGCUACCAGAGAGCACCAAGUUCUUCCAGGAAAACCCAUCUUCUAAUACAAAUGAUGAGAGGCAAUGA